CAAGACAACAGGGGCAGACAGAGCGAGCGGGACCAGAGAAGACCAGGGAGAUACCAGUCUUGGUUUUGGAGAGAAGGAAGAAAACGUAACAGUGAUAUCACAUUUACCGGAGGCACACAGUGGAGGAUAACCCAGGCGAGCACCCUCUGCCUGUCUGUGGGAACGGAGCCACUCUGGGGACCCACAAAUGUGAGCGACGCGCACGCAAACGACUCAGGUGCAGAGAAACCAAACUGGCGGCGCACUUAGGAUGCAGAAGUCACCGGUGGAAGAUGCGAACUUCUUCUCCAAAUUUUUCUUCUGGUGGACGUCACCGCUGCUGAGGAAGGGCUUCAGAAAGAAGUUGGAGCUUGCAGAUGUUUAUAAAGCUCCUUCCUUUGAUCUGGCAGACAACCUCUCUGAGAGACUCGAAAGAGAAUGGGACAGAGAGGUGGUGUCGGCCAAGAACCAGCCCAGGCUGUUGAGAGCGCUGGCCCGCUGCUUCCUCGGCCCUUUCGCCUUCUUUGGCGUCCUCCUCUACCUCGGGGAGGCUUCCAAGACGGUGCAGCCUCAGCUUCUGGGUCGCAUCAUCGCCUCCUUUGACCCGUUCCACGCUCCGGAGCGGAGCCAGGGAUACUACCUGGCACUGGGCCUCUGCCUCCUCUUCACUGCCCGCUUCCUCCUUCUACAACCUGCCAUCUUUGGCCUGCAUCACCUGGGCAUGCAGAUCCGCAUCGCCCUUUUCAGCCUUAUAUACAAGAAGACCUUGAAGCUAUCCAGCCGAGUCUUGGACAAGAUCAGCACCGGUCAGCUGGUCAGUCUGAUGUCCGCCCACCUCAACAAGCUGGAUGAGAGUUUGGGUUUGGCCCACUUUGUGUGGAUCACCCCCCUGCAGUGUAUACUGUGCGUGGGUCUGCUCUGGGAGCUGAUCGACGUGAACAGCUUUUGCGCGCUGGCAUCUCUGACUCUGCUGGGCAUCAUCCAGGCUUGGCUCACACAGAAGAUGGGACCACACCGGGUGAAGCGAGGAGGGAUGAUCAACCGCCGCCUGGCUCUCACCUCAGAGAUCGUGGAGAACAUCCACUCUGUGAAGGCAUACGGUUGGGAGGAGGUAAUGGAGACCAUCAUCAAGAACAUCAGGCAGGACGAGAUGACGCUGACGAGGAAGAUCGGUUCUCUGCGUUACUUCUACAGCGCCUCGUACUUCUUUUCCGCCAUCUUGGUCAUCGUGUCUGCCGUCGUUCCGCAUGCACUCAGUAAAGGCAUCAUCCUGCGCCGCAUCUUUACCACAGCCUCCUACUGCAUGGUGCUGCGAAUGACGCUGACCCGCCAGCUCCCAGGAUCCAUCCAGAUGUGGUACGACACGCUGGCACUGGUCAAGAAGAUCGAGGAAUUCCUGAUGAAGGAAGAGUACAGAGUGCUGGAGUACAACCUGACCACCACUGAAGUGGAGCUAGUCAACGUGUCUGCAUCCUGGGACGAGGGCAUUGGGGAACUGUUUGAGAAGAUCAAGCAGGAGAACAAAGCAAACGGACACCUGAACGGUGACCCCGGCCUCUUCUUCACAAACCUCUACGUCACACCUGUCCUCAAAAACAUCAGCCUGUACCUGGAGAAGGGAAAGAUGCUGGCGGUGGCUGGAUCCACUGGCUCGGGGAAGAGUUCUCUGCUCAUGAUGAUCCUGGGAGAGUUGGUGCCCACGGAGGGUAAAAUCAGACACAGCGGUCGCAUCUCCUUCUCACCGCAGACUUCGUGGAUCAUGCCGGGGACGAUUCGAGACAACAUCCUGUUUGGUUUGACCUAUGACGAGUACCGUUACACUUCCGUUAUCAAGGCCUGCCAGCUGGAGGAGGACUUCGCUUUGCUGCCUGAGAAAGACAAGACGCUCCUCAUCGAAGGAGGGGUGACCCUCAGCGGCGGCCAAAAGGCUCGCCUCGGCAUGGCCAGGGCUGUGUAUAAAGAUGCAGACCUCUACCUGCUGGAUGCACCUUUCACCCACCUGGACAUUGUGACAGAGAAAGAGAUCUUUGAGAAAUGCGUCUGUAAACUUAUGGGCUCCAAGACGCGUAUUGUGGUCACCAGCAAGUUGGAACAUCUGAAACGAGCAGACAAAAUCCUCCUUCUGCACAACGGGGACUGCUACUUCUACGGCACCUUCUCGGAGCUGCAGGCGCAGCGGCCUGACUUCAGCUCCCUCCUCCUCGGCCUGGAAGCUUAUGACAACAUCAACGCAGAGCGCCGCAGCUCCAUCCUCACAGAAACCCUCCGCAGGGUCUCCGUCGAUGAAACCGCCGGCUUCCGAGGCCCAGAGCCUAUUCGCCAGUCCUUCCGCCAGCCGCCGCCUCCAAUAAUCGUCUCUGGAUCCCAAGGCCAUCCUGGAGGUGAUGGCUACCCAGAAAAACGCAAACAGUCCCUCAUCCUGAGCCCCCUGGCGGCUGCUCGCAAGUUCUCCUUCAUCGGGAACUCCCAACAGACUGCAAAUACCCCCCAGUCCAUGGCGAUGGAGGACGGGGUUCGUGAACUUUCUGAGAGGAAAUUCUCUGUCGUACCUGAGGAUGACCAAGUGGAGGAGGUGCUCCCCAGGGGGAACUUGUACCACCAUGGGUUGCAGCACCUCAACGGGCAGCGGCGCCAGUCAGUCCUGGCAUUCAUCACCAACUCUCAGGGCCAGGAGCGCAGGGAGCAGAUACAGUCCUCCUUCAGAAGAAAGCUGUCCAUCACACCGCAGUGUGACUUGGCAUCUGAGCUGGACAUUUACGCCCGCCGCCUGUCCAAGGACAGUGUCUAUGACAUUAGUGAGGAAGUGGAUGAAGAAGACAUGGAGCAAUGCUUCGCAGAUGAACGUGAGAACAUCUUUGAAACUACCUCAUGGAGCACUUACCUGCGCUACGUCACCACCAACAAGAGCUUAGUCUACGUCCUAAUUUUCAUCCUCUUUGUCUUUGUCAUUGAGGUUGCUGGUUCAGUCAUCGGCAUUUUCCUCAUUACUGACACGAUCUGGAGGGACGGCGCCAACCCUUCAUCACCCAACUACGUCGAUGAGCAGCACCCCAACGCCUCGUCACCCCCCUUCCACCUUGCAGUCAUCGUCACACCGACCAGCGCCUACUACAUCAUCUACAUCUACGUGGCCACGUCAGAGAGCGUGCUGGCCUUGGGAUUCUUCAGGGGUCUCCCCUUAGUGCACACGUUACUCACGGUGUCCAAAAGACUGCAUGAACAGAUGCUUAGCGCUGUAAUUCGAGCCCCCAUGGCUGUACUCAACACUAUGAAGACAGGCCGGAUUAUGAACAGAUUCACUAAAGACAUGGCCACCAUAGAUGACAUGCUGCCUCUGGUGCUGUUUGACCUCAUACAGCUGACAUUGAUUGUUACGGGUGCCAUCUUCACCGUGUCCAUCAUGCGGCCUUACAUCUUCAUCGCUGCAAUCCCAUUGGCUGCCAUCUUCGUAAUCCUCAGAAAGUACUUUUUACGAACUGGACAGCAACUCAAGCUACUGGAGGCUGAAGCUCGCAGCCCCAUCUUCUCCCACCUCAUCAUCUCACUCAAGGGUUUGUGGACAAUUCGGGCGUUUGGGCGUCAGACCUACUUCGAGACGCUCUUCCACAAGGCGCUGAACACUCACACAGCCACCUGGUUCCACUACCUGGCCACACUGCGAUGGUUCCUGUUUCGCUGCGACAUGAUCUUCGUCCUCUUCUUCUCCGCCGCCGCCUUCAUCGCUGUGGGAACCAACCAGGACAAACCAGGGGAGGUUGGCAUCAUUGUUGCCCUGGCUAUGCUCAUCCUGGGGACUUUCCAAUGGGCUGUCAUCACCAGCAUCACUGUAGACGGACUGAUGCGUUCGGUGGAUCGGGUGUUCAAGUUCAUCGACCUGCCAUCAGAGGAGCCGCUGCCGGGCAAGUCCGGAGGUAAAGGAGACCUCAUCAUCGACAACCCACACGCCCAAGAUUGCUGGCCCAACCGCGGCCAAAUGGACGUCCAGGGCCUCACGGUGAAGUACACGGAGACUGGACGCGCCAUCCUCAGCGACAUCUCCUUCUCUGUGGAAGGGGGGCAGAGCAUGGGUCUGCUGGGUCGGACAGGCUCAGGAAAGAGCACCCUCCUCUCCGCUCUGCUCCGUCUCGCCUCCACUGACGGAGAAAUCUCCAUCGACGGCGUCUCGUGGAGCUCCGUCUCCCUGCACACAUGGAGGAAGGCCUUCGGAGUGGUGCCGCAGAAAGUCUUUAUUCUGACCGGCACUUUCCGGAUGAACCUGGACCCACACGAGCGUUACAGUGACGAGGAGCUGUGGAGGGUAGCUGAAGAGGUGGGCCUGAAGUCGGUGAUCGAGCAGUUUCCAGACAAGCUGGACUUUCAGCUGGAGGACGGAGGCAACGUGUUGAGCAACGGACACAAGCAGCUGCUGUGUCUCGCCCGCUCCAUCCUCAGCAAGGCCCGCAUCCUGCUGCUGGACGAGCCCUCCGCCUACCUCGACCCCAUAACAUUGCAGGUCCUGAGGAAGACCCUGAAGCAGGCGUUCUCUGGCUGCACCGUCAUCCUAUCAGAACACAGAGUGGAGCCGCUGCUGGAGUGUCAAUCAUUCCUGAUGAUCGAGGGCAGCUCCAUGAAGAGCUACGACUCCAUCCAGAAGCUGCUGAAUGAGACGAGUCACCUGAAACAGGCCAUGAGCCCCGCCGACCGGCUCCGCCUCUUCCCGACGCUUCACCGCCUCAACUCCAGCAAGAGGGCGCCACCGCAGACCGCCAAAAUCUCGUCUCUGCCAGAGGAAGCUGAGGACGAAGUCCACGACACUCGCCUCUAACCGGCCAGGCUCUCAAACACACACACACUCACACACUCACUCCAGUAACUCUGGACAACAACAAGGACGUGAUACAGUGUUCUGAUAUUUAUGAUUUAGGGUCUGAAAGGUGAAUACAACACUGAAUCAUAAUUGAUUAAAGUCUAAAUUUUAACAAAACUGACUUGUUUAUACUACACACACACACAGCCGCUGACGUCUAUAUUACUGUCACGUAAUGAGGGAUAAAGCUCAUUUACUGACAGAAAAUUACACUAACAUGCAAGCGAUAGAGGAUGUAACGUGUGCAAACACUUUGCAACAUAUCUGCAAGAUUAGACAAGACUGUAGAACCAUGAUUCUGAAAAAGUUGGGACGUUGUGUAAAACAGAAACAUGUUUAACUGCAGCAGCUUCAUUGAUUUUUGUAAAUAUCUGCUGAUUCUGAAUCUGAUGCAGCAACAUGUUUCAAACAAGUUGGGACAGGAGCAA